GCCGACGAGUCACGAAUCCGCAAGGCUGUGUCUAAUCACCAAUUCUUAACGUCAAAUUCUCUUUAAACUAAAUAAUCCACACACGAAUCACACAAACCAAAAAACCAAAAUCAAAACCAAAUAAUCGAACCGAAUCGAACCGAAUCGAAUCGAAAUCGCAGACCCAGGCAAAAUUCGUAUUGACCACCAAGCAUAUGAGCUUGUGGCUAAAGGUGUCUCCGGCAUCGACUUGUUUCAUGUUGUAACUCGAGGACUUUCGUUUAUUGGCAACAAUAAUGGUCAGCACAACAUUGACAACACUGGCUGCUGGACAAACAACUAGUAGCAGUAAUCACCAUCACCACCACCAUCACAGCCACCAGCAGCAGCAGCAGCAGCAGCAACAGCAGCAGCAGCAGGACCAGUCGCAGCAGCAGCAGCCGCAUCAGCAGUUGCCAUACCAGCAACGCGGCUACUACGCACUGAACGGCAGCUUGGAGCUAGACUGCGACACCAGCAACACGAACACGAACAGCAACGGCAACAGCAACAGCAGCAACAACAUUGGCUACCAGCCACACCAGCAGCAGCAGCAACCGCCGUUGAUCCUGUCGCAGGCUCUGCUGUCGCCUUCGCCGCCGCUCAACGAUCAGAUCAGCUUGCUAUUCCCCAAGUGCCGACCCAAACAGCAGCAGCAACAGCAGCAGCAGCAACAGCAACAGCAACAGCAACAGCAACAGCAGCAACAGCAGCAACAGCAGCAACUUCAGCCAGCACAACAGCAGCAACAUGUCCUUGCCACAGACGUGAAUCGCAGCUGCAACAGCAACUCCAACAGCAACAGGAGCAGCAGCCCCACGUCAGCGGGAGUGGUUGGGGAGCCGUUGGCCAGCGUCAGUGUUAGUCCACCGCCGCCGCCGCCCAAGGCCACGCCCACCAGCACGCCCAGCUAUUACAAGAGCGUGAACAUUAUAACGCAAUCACCGCCGCCACACUCAGCAUCCUCGCACUCCUCCGAAUCGCUGUCCUCGGUGACGCCUCGCAUUUCCACGAAUCCCUUUCUGUGCGCACCACUCACGCCGCCCACACCACCGCACCACCACCACCAUCAGCAGCACCACCACCAACAGCAGCAGCAGCAGCAGCACCAGUCGCAGCAGCAGGAGCCACAGGAGCAGGACAUCACGGGCGAGUCAGCUGUGGAGGGCAGCAGAAGCAGGUGCGGCGCGGCUGGCGAGGUGCUCGAGUAUCCCGCCUCCUUCUACUACCACACGGUGGGCGAUAGUAGGCGUGGUCCCGGGCCCGGCUACACGGAGAUGCCGCGAAAACGCAACACUGCGUUGCCCGCCAGCAACAGGCAGCAGCAGCAGCAGCAACAGCAGCAGCAACAGUUGCACAACGGCAACGGGAGCCAGAAUCCCUUCAUCAAGGAGAACUACUGGGAGGCACCGCCGACUCGGGCCAGUCUGCUGCUCCACUCGCCCACGGAGUAUUCCGAGGAGCCGCAGCAGCAGCAACAGCAGCAGCAACAGCAACAACAGCAGCAGCAACAGCAGCAGCAACAGCAGCAUAUGCAUGCCUCAGCCAGACGAGCUUACCACCAGCAGCGGGAGCAGGUUUACGGAAUCAAUCAGCGACCGCAGCAACAGCAGCAGCAACAACACAUAUUGCGGGUGGGUCGAAGUCCAGUUAAUCGCAGCUUUCCACAGCAGCAGCAACAGCAGCAACAGCAACAGCAGCAACAGCAGCAGCAACAUCAGCAGAUUGCAACUGCCAGGAGCAAUCCCUGCGCCGACGGACUGACUCCGCUGGCCAGUCACUAUCUGUACGGCAGCAAGUCAUCCUUGGAUCAGCAUCCCGGCGAUUGGGAGCCGCGGGAGCAGCGCAAACUGAGGCUGCGCGAGGAGCGGGAAAGGGAAAGGGAGCGAGAAAGGGAACGAGAGCGGGAAAGGGAACACCUGUUGCUGGAGCAACAGCAGCAGUUGCAACUGCAGGAAGUGCAGGCGGCCAGGGACAACCACCUCAGCCACUUGGCGGGUCAGCAGCAGCAGCAACAGCAGCAGCAGAGGAAGCGACAUGUGUACGGCGAGGAGCGGGAAAGAGAGAGAGAGAGGGAGCGAGAGCGAGAGCGGGACAUGGAGCGGGAUCAUCGCCUGGUCAAUGGAAGUGCAGAUCCCAACGAAAGCUGGCAGCAUCUGCGCGUCACGACCGAAACGCUGGCGGAGGAGGGCGGCAACUCCGGCAAAUCCGGCAAGCCGGCGGACAAGGCCCAGCAGCACCAGAUGCACAAUACGAACCCAGGUCACAGUCACAGUCACAGUCACAAUCCGGAGCUGAAUGUCUACAGGGAGCACAAGCUGGACGCCUGGAAGCUGGAGCGCAACUACACGCUGGCCGUGGAGUCGCGUCACGGCAUCAUCGAGUACGAGGGCUCGCCCAGACGCAUUGGAGUGACCACCAGCAAUGUGGCUGCCACUGGAGCGGCGGCGGCGGCAGCAGCAGCAGCGGACGAAAGCGAACCACCAGCAGCGGCAGAAGCUGCAGCAACAGCAGCAGCAACAGCACCGCAACCACAGCAGCAGGUGCCCAUGGCCACCGUACCACCGCUGAGCUCCACGGCCACCUCGCUGCAGAAGACGGCCGCCCGCGCGGCACUGGCUGCUCUGGCCCAGAGCCAUCCGCACAGCUCCCACAACAUACUCAGCGCCCUGCUGCCGCACUCGCCCAAUCCGGGGAAUCCCGGCCAGAUGCACGCGGCGCAGCAGUCCAUCCAGAGCUAUCCAGUGCGUCCUGGAUUUCCGCAGCGCAUCAUCUCGCCGCCCAGUCGUGAGCCACGCAGCAGCUCCCCUCCCCUGCAGCAGCAGCUUCAAUAUCAGCAGCGGCAACAACAGCAGCAGCAGCAGCAACAACAGCAGCAGCAGCAACAGCUGCAACAGCAGCAGCAACAGCACUUUGCCAGUCUGAUGAGCAGCCACAGCAACAACAACUCGAACACCAACAACAAGCAGCCGCUGAGCAGCGACAACAAUGCGGAGGACACCAGCAACGAUGUGUCCGAGAUCGGCACCAUAUCCGACCUGACCACUCCGGAGGCAGUGGGUCUGUCCAUUGGCUUCGCUGCCGGCGAGAUGGCCAGCCGGGCGGGCACUCCACCGCAAGCGGCACAAGCACCACCGACUUCAGUGGCGGGCAGCAUUGCCAAUGGAACCGGAAACGGAAGCGGAAACGGAAGCGGAAACGGAACGGCGAACGGAACGGCAAACGGAAAUGCAACGGCAACGGGCAGCGGACUGGGUCCCUUGAGCCUGCACACAAAGUCCUCGACCUUCGAUUAUCUGUACGAGUUCUCGGAGACGCGCAAGGUGCUGGAGGAGUUCUUCAAGUGCCCCUCCACCGACGAGCAGCCCAUCAUGGAGAACGGCAGCGAUGUGGACAGCAUUGAUAUCCAGUACGAGUUCCACAGCAACUUUGAGCGCGACGAGGAGGACUUGGCCGAGGAGGAGGAGGCCGAUGACGACGAGGAGGUCGACGACGAUGCCGACGAGGAGAACGACGAGGCCGAGGACGAGGACGAGCCACUGGACCAGGAUCGUGACCAGAACUACCGCCCACAGGCGCCUCCCACAUCCGGCCACAUCGCCGCCGAGCGCCUGGUUUUCGGUGGCUACGGGCAGCAGUCGCAGUCGCAGGCGCAGCUCACCGCUCAGCCGUUGGGCGGAGCGAGGCGACACUACAGCGGCAGUCCGCUCAUCCGGGACUUUGACUUCUUCCUGGACUCCACCAGCCGGAGCAGCGGCGAGCGGGACGCCGAUCAGGAUGGGCUCAAUCACAACCAGCUGCUGAGCACGAGCAGCGGACAUGGCGGAGGCGUGGGCGUGGGCGGUGGCAUGGGCGUGGGUCCGGGCGGUGGCCACAACUACCGCUACUCGCCGGAGACCACCGACUACGAUUCCAACUGCGGCGACAUGGACAGUCUCUCGGGCGAGAUGAAUGGCGGCGGGGUGUCGACCUCCUGCUCCAACUACGCCAAGUUCUAUGCCUCGGCCAUGCCGGUCCUGGAGGAUGGCCUCUCCUCCGGCCACACCAGCGACACCGAGAACAACAACAACAACCAGAAGAACCUGCAGCAGUCGACGCUCAGCCAGGGCGGCCAGUGCCCCACCGCCAGCUUGAGCGGCAGCACCAGCAUCGGCGGCAGCGGCGGCAUCUCCAUGCUGAUGGACAUGAAGCGCAUCUCGACGAACCACAGCCUCAACAGCAUGAACAACCAGACCACCACCACCACCACCAACUCCAACACCAACGUCACCACCACCACGGAUAGCAAUGGCGGAGUCGGCGUCGGCGUGGUGGGUCACCACCUGGUGGCCACACUGGUGGCCAGUCCCAACAAUGGGCAGGCGAAGUCGCAGGGCAAGCCGCCAAAGACAUUGUCACUAGACCAGAGUCCCAGCAACCACAGCAAAGUGUUCAAGAACAUUGAUCCGGAGUUGGAUUCGCUCUACUCGAUUGGAGUUUUCCACCGUCCAGACACGGUGCAGAUGACGCCACCUCCGCCCGCACCGGCGCCACAUCGCAAGCCCAACCUCAAUGGCUGCUCCGGUGGCGUGGUGAACACCAAUGGCGGUGGCCACCUGGCCGGCGGCAGCAACGACGUGGAUCUGCUGCAGCCGAGCACCAAGCACACUCCCUUGGCGGCGGCCAUUAGUUCCACGCUGCAGCGCAGUUCGCCCACCUCGACGAUAGCCGGCAAUGGAAUCGCGACCGGCAACGGAAGUGGCAAGACCAGAAGCGCCAGCAGCAAUUGCAGCAGCAGCGCCAACGGCGGCAUGCCACCGCCCAUUCCGGAGAGAAGCAACCUCGUUGCCGCAGUGCAAAGAUCGCCAUCACCUGGCCGCAACUCACCCGUUUGGCUGUCGCGCCACUUGGACGGCGGCGCUGGCAAGGAUCUGCUGGAGUCCGGCUCCGAUAACCACUCAAAGAAUCACAGCGCCGACGAGGAGGACGUGGACACCGAUCUGGAGACGGACCGCCUGCUGGGCCACCAGCGGCUGGACGACCAGGGCUACUACGAUGAGAACAAGAGCUGGGACCGCAAGCCGCGCUCGCUGCUCUCGAAGAUCUCGCCCAAGCAGCAGAUACCGAGCACCAAGACGCGCAACGGCUACAAUGCGCUGCUCAGCUCCACGCCGGAACUGCCGCCCCCGAUUCCGCCAAAGGGUCAGUCCGGAUUGGGAUUGGGCCUCACGCUGGGCUCCGGCAACGGUGGCAAGCUGCUCGACCUGGUUGGCGGCAUGGUGCAGCGCAGCCUAUCGCGCAGCUCGUCGGAGCACAGCGAGAAAUCGCCCAGCAUAAUGCCCAUUUCUGGCGGAGAUCUGUGUGCCGGCGGCGUGGAUGUGGUGGCCUCUGCUGUGGCGGCCACCUCGGCCACGGUGGUGGCCAGUACGCCGGCGUUGGGCAGUCCCGGUAAUGGCGGCGGCUCGGAGCGUUCAGCUGCAGGAAUGACCAAUCCGGGUGGCGCAGUCAAGCUGGGCGAGCAGGAGAUGGGGGCCAUCAACGGUGGCAGCGCCAUGCCAUUGGGAGCUGGAUCGGGAGCGGGAUCGGGAGCUGGAUCGGGAGCGGGCUCUGGAACGGGUGCCAAUGCGGCUGUGGUGGCCAACAGCAACGCCAACAACAACAACAACGUCGGCGGCGGCGGUGGCGGCGGCAACAGCAACAACAGCAGCGGCAGCGGCGCCGGCAGCAACAGCAACAGCGGCGAGAAAAAAGUGAAAAAGAGUAAGAGCAAAGAAGGCGGUGCAGUGCUCAUCGAGGGCGUUCUCUUCAGGGCCAAGUACUUGGGCUCCACGCAGCUGGUCUGCGAGGGUCAGCCCACCAAAUCGACGCGGAUGAUGCAGGCGGAGGAGGCCGUCUCCAGGAUAAAGGCGCUGGCACCCGACGGCGAUGUGCAGCCCAGCACAGAGGUGGACCUGUUCAUAUCGACGGAGAAGAUCAUGGUGCUGAACACGGACCUCAAGGAGAUCAUGAUGGAUCACGCGCUGCGCACCAUCUCCUACAUCGCGGACAUCGGGGAUCUGGUGGUGCUGAUGGCCCGUCGUCGCUUCGUGCCCCAGGACAUCGAUGAUGCACCCAAGCCGAAUCGCACGCCCAAGAUGAUCUGUCACGUGUUCGAGAGCGAUGAGGCGCAGUUUAUUGCCCAGUCGAUUGGCCAGGCCUUUCAGGUGGCCUACAUGGAGUUCCUCAAGGCGAACGGCAUUGAGGAUCAUCGCUUUGUCAAGGAGAUGGACUACCAGGAGGUGCUCAACAGCCAGGAGAUCUUCGGCGACGAACUGGAGAUCUUCGCCAAGAAGGAGCUGCAAAAGGAGGUGGUAGUGCCCAAGGCCAAGGGCGAGAUACUGGGCGUGGUGAUCGUGGAAAGCGGCUGGGGCUCCAUGCUGCCCACCGUGGUUAUUGCGAACCUAAUGAGCUCCGGCGCUGCUGCCCGUUGUGGGCAGCUCAACAUCGGCGACCAGUUGAUCGCCAUCAAUGGACUGAGCCUUGUGGGUCUGCCGCUCUCCACCUGCCAGACGUACAUCAAGAACACCAAGAACCAGACGGUGGUCAAGUUCACGGUGGUGCCCUGUGCCCCAGUCGUCGAGGUGAAGAUCAAGCGGCCGGAGACCAAGUACCAGCUGGGAUUCAGCGUCCAAAACGGAGUGAUCUGCAGUCUGUUGCGCGGUGGCAUUGCGGAGAGGGGUGGCGUUCGUGUGGGUCACCGCAUCAUCGAGAUAAACAACCAGAGCGUAGUGGCUGUGCCCCACGAGAAGAUCGUGAACUUGCUAGCCACUUCAGUGGGAGAGAUACUAAUGAAAACGAUGCCCACGUCCAUGUUCCGCCUGCUCACUGGCCAGGAGAAUCCCAUAUAUAUUUAAGCCUGCGGGAGAGUAAUAAACGGCGAUUAUUGUUAACUAUAAAAGAAAAACAAAAGCAAAAAGAAAAAGAAAAAAGAAAAACACAACCUUACAAGGGUAUUACGAUAUUUAGUAUAUAUACCUAUACAUAUAGAGAAAGAAAGUGAACGUGAAGAGUAAAUAUAUGUGUGUAUAUGCGUGUGUACCUAUAUAUAUACAUAUAUACUAAACAUAUACUACACACGAGUGUAUCGAUUUUUUUUGUGAGUAAUACUAGACAAAGUUCGAUCGGAGGCGAGUUAAGAGCGGCUACUACGACAAAUAAGAGGAAGCGAUAACUAAAACACACACACACACCACACACCCACACACACACAUGGCACGCCUUUUUGCAAAGCUUAGUAAUAAUAGUUAAUAUUGUGUGUGUGAGUUUGGGCCGUCGGCCAGGACACGCAUAUAUACAUGCAUAAAUAUACACACGAGUAUAUGAACAGAAUGACCUUUUUGCGAAAACGUCCUUAGCUUAGUUGAACGGCGACAUUAGUCAGAGAGUGCAGCAGCUAUAGUAACAGAACCCCCAUAUAUGCUUACCCAUACUUAUUGUAAAAACCAAAAAUGAAAUCCAAAAAAAGCCAUGGCAACUCAAAGCAACCCGAACAGGAUUCGAAUUCAGAUUCGGAGGCAGGCAGCUCUUUUGAUAUAGUAUAUAUAAUCCACACGCUAUAUAGCACCAUCCCGAAUAUAUUUAUAUAAACAAGCAACAAACAAAGACAACAAACAAAAAGCCUAGGACAGAUAGGAAAUGCAUAGAGAAAUGGAAAUGGAAAGGGAAAUGGAAAUAAAAGUGGAUAUUGUAACUGCAGCGUUUCGUUUUCUACUCGCACCCAUAGCCGACAAUUUUGAUAGUUAUUUAACGGAUAUAGCCAGAUCGUAAUGUACGCCAUGUGUAAAUUAAGGAGCGCUUUACACCCCCACAUAUACGACAACAAAUAUACCCCCCAUAGAGGAUUUAGUUUAGCAAACACUUACACUCACACUCACUUAGACGCUUCGAUUUCAACCAUCUUCGUCCAAAAAUUGUGCUACUACUCGUUAAACAAGUUGAUAGAUAUAAAAACCAAGGGAAUAGAAAGGAUAACAGCAGGAUUAUAAAGAGAGAGGGAGAGGGAUAGCCGGGAAAGAAAGAAAGAGAUUGAGAGAUAGACCCCCGUUAUAAGCCAUAUGAAAUAGAAAGAGACGGACUAGCCUGCAAUAACGUAUAUCUGGGCCCGCAUUUUAGAGCCACUCGAACGGAAAGAGACGGCAACAGGAACAGAGACAGAGACAGCUAUAGAGACAGUCAGACAGCCAGACAGAAAGGGAGAAUUGCAUUUCUUUGUGUGUAUAUGUAUGUGUAAAAUACUCGCUAUUUGGCCCCAAUCGCAAUCGCAAUCCACAAGCAACCGGCAGCAGCAGUCACUAAGAGAACUAUUAUUAACUACGAGUAUGAUUUACACAAUUAUAUAACUGCACCGGGGCAUUUGCUUGAUGUUUGUGAAUUGAUCGACUAUUUGGCCUCAUUUCCGCUGCUUGGCAAGGGCCACGCCCACGCCCACCAAAAACCAAAAACCGAAAAAACCAAAAAAACCAAAUUAUUAUACAAAACAAAAAGUAUAAAACACAUAAAAACUGCUUCAGCAAAACCAAAGAGAUGAAGGGAAACCGAAACAAAUGCAUACAACAACUAAUAUUUAAUGAAUUGUUUUUUUUUUUUUGGUGUACAUUAUUUAUAUGGAAUGUGAAACUGCAUUACAAAUUUAAUGAAUAUAUAUUAAAUAUUUAUUAAAACGGGCUAAUUGCAUAGAAAUUAUAUAAGAUCGAUCAUAGCGAUGAUUAUUUGUAAAGGCGAACUAAACCCAAAAAAAAAGCAACCGAAAACAAAAUGGAUAAAUAAAAGAAUAUAUAAUCACAUGCGUAACAAAAAUAUAAAACCAAAA